UCUGAGCUGGUGAGCUGAGCGCUGUAGCGGCUGUAAGUCUCGCACUCGGACCUCUGACCGCCCACCGUCCUAAAGGGGUCUCUCUCUCUCUCUCUCUGUCUGUCUCUCUCUCUCUCUGUGUGCGCGCAUUCGCUCGUCUGGGGGAAGGUUCUGCCCUGUCGCCCUCGCCAUGACAGAGGACGAUGAUCUGAUGCCAGCUUUGAGUUCUGAUCAGACGCGCAGCGACAGCGGUGGGCUGGCUCCUCCUGAGGGGCUGUGCUGGGGGUCGGUGCUUUCCUGCCUCCUGCUCGCCUGUUCAUACGUUGGAAGUUUGUACAUCUGGAAAAGUGACUUGCCGAGGGAUCAUCCUUCAGUGAUAAAGAGGCGCUUCACUAGUGUGCUGGUUGUGUCAGCUCUAUCACCAGUCUUUGUGUGGGCAUGGAAAGAAGUCACAGGCAUUCAGACAGGUCCCUCUUUACUAGCUCUAAUGGGAAUCCGAUUCGAGGGACUCGUUCCUGCCAUCAUCUUGCCUCUUCUACUCACCAUGGUACUAUUUCUGGGCCCUCUUAUCCAGCUAGCUAUGGACUGUCCCUGGGGCUUCAUAGAUGGAAUCAAAGUGGCUGUCGAUCCACGGUUCUGGGCGCUGUGUGCGAGUGAUAUGCGCUGGUUGAGGAAUCAGGUGGUGGCCCCGCUAACUGAAGAGCUGGUGUUCCGAGCUUGCAUGUUGCCCAUGCUGGUGCCCUGUGCUGGACCCUCCACAGCCAUCUUCACAUGCCCACUCUUUUUUGGUGUGGCACAUUUUCACCACGUGAUUGAGCUGCUGCGUUUCAGGCAGGGCACCAUCUCAGGGAUUUUUCUCUCUGCAGUAUUUCAGUUCUCCUACACUGCAGUAUUUGGAGCGUAUACUGCCUUUAUAUUCCUCAGAACAGGUCACCUAGUUGGCCCUGUGCUGUGUCAUUCUUUCUGUAAUUACAUGGGUUUCCCGGCUGUGAGUACGGCUUUGGAGCAUCCACACCGUCUCACCGUUCUGUCCUUCUACGUGCUGGGAGUGCUUCUGUUCCUCAUCCUUCUCUUCCCCAUGACUGACCCUCUCUUCUAUGGCUGGCCCACACCUGUCUGCACCCUGACCACCACACUGGGCUCUCUCUGCUCCUGAUCCCCCACAUCCUCUCCACUCUCUGCCCUGGCGUACACCCUUUCCUUCAUUCUGCUCUUCUUCAGAAUCCAUGCUCUUUUCCUCCUGAGAGGCCACCGAUGCCUCCAGGCUGUCUGCUCUGUAGUGGGCUUAACAGGGAGAACAGGGGCCCUGUGGGGAACAGGUAUGAGAACUCUGUGUUUCUGUGGAUUCGGUGGAUGAAGUCCAUGUACUCGAUGUCUUCAAGUUGCAGCAGCCACAGCUCAGCCACAGCUCAGCGCAGUGCAGCAGACACCAUCAGAAUUGCCACCGACAUCGAGCACCGAGUACGUUGUCAAAUGAAGUUGUGAUGAGUCCGACUUUGAGUUUGAUGAAGACGGGUAUUUAUACGUUGCUGCAUGUUCACCAUGUUUAUAUGACGAUAUUUGUAUAUUUGGAAUUGGCCGCAUUUGGGUAAAGAGUUUUAUGGUUCCACUAGAAAGACUUAUACACUGUAUUUUGCAUUUACCGCAGGAGAUAGACAACUUCUUGCAUUUUGUUUUUCUUUUUGGAUUCUUGGCUCAAAUUGACACAUAAGCUGCUUUUGUCUGGUGCUUUUACUUGAAGAACUGGGUUCAGAUCUGCCCUGAAGUUCUCUGAAACCUUCAGCUUUUCUCACACACUUUGUACCUAAGAAUUAAUCCACAGGACAUUGGUCAUUAACAGCUGGUUUGGUUUUAAAUUAUUAAAAUACAACAAAAUUUUUGUCAUUAGGAACUUUAUUUUUUUAAGGUAUUUGUAUAUUUGAAGCAUAAUGUUGUUGGAAUUUAAAAUUCUGAACUGUGUGCAGAGUAGCACCCUUAGAGCAUCGCCUUAUGGCUAGAUUGUCCAUAUAGCAGACCUCAUUUAAUUAAAGCACUUGCAUAAAUUAAUGGUACUCGUACUAUGGGUCAAAGCUAACUUUUCUGUCAGGCAUUUACAGAAUAUACCAAGCUUUAUGGAUUGUAACAUACCAUGCACAUAUAGAAUUUGUCGACCAGUAAUGAAUAUUUUAUGCACAACCUUAGGAAUUGCUUUUACAUGUACGUACCAAGGCAUGUUAUUACUACAAUAACCAAAAGUAGGUUUACACUAGGAUUUGAUCUCAGGCCAUUGCUUUGCCAAGAAGAAAAAUUCAGUGCUUUAACUUGUGUAAUGACAUACAGCACACUGCGUCACAUGACUGAUGUGUACUUUGGUGCCUGAAGUAUUUAUCAGUGCUGACAUUUGCAUAUGACUUGCAUAUGAUGCCCCCUAAAACAGAUUGCUAACUAUCCAUCUUUUUCAUCGUGGUGUGACUAUUAAGCCUUGUUUUAGUUUGGAAGGUGGUAGAAUCUUGUGAGCCCUUUGUUAUAAAGUGCUGGAGAAAACUGACCACUACCCUGCAUGCUGCUACACUGCUGAAAUGUGGACAGAAACGUACACUAUCAGUUAAUGCUGGCAUGAAAUUGCUCUGAUGCAGAAACUUACAUCUGCUAUUUUGUUUCGUGUAACGUGUUGCGUAUAUCUUGUAGGUCAGCAUAGAUGGAGGCGAAGCACAUUUGUUCGGAUAAUAUGGGUAUCUUUUUGCAAUGCUUUUAUUUUUGGCUGUGUGCUUUCAUCUGGAGUGUAAACUGUAAAAUCUAUACUUUUCAAGAAGAACCACAAUAGGAUCAUUUUUAAAGUUAACAUUUUGGAUAGUACUUCCACUUCGUUCCUUCUUUAAUCUACCCAUGCUUAGCUCAUGAUGUUGCAUUGGUUUGUUUUCAGUUUUCACAAAGUUGACUGGUUCAAAUAGGUGCUAUAUGUGUUAAGCUAGUGAAACGCUGUGAAGUGUGUAGUUAUUGUUGUUGCAUGUGUGAAAGAUCAUUUAAUCAAAGUGAAUUUCUAGCAAUAAGAACAGGUGGGACCAAAUCAGGGAUUUCCAUGUUGUUCCAGUUUAAUGUUUGGCCCUUCCUAUUUGCAAAAUAGUUGUUAUAAUACCAGGACAAUGAGUGACAGUUUGUCACACUUGAACCACUGAAGCAGAGGUACGAGUGGUCGUUGCCAGCACUUGUCAUGUCUGAAAUAAGCCAGCCUGUGGUUAGCUAUCACAGGACUGUUGUAAAUGUGCCAUAGUGUAUUGGAUCAACUAGCUAAACUGUGCUUGACGAGUUAAAGCUUGAUCUAGGAGUCUUAAAGGACAGACCUGUUUACAUGUGGAGGAAGUUAUCUACCAAUGCUGCUCUGGAUUCAGUUUGUCUGCUGCAUAUUUACUGACUUAUCACUCUGACUGCCUCGGCUCAGAGGCUGCUGCUUUGUGCUGGUGUGCUUCUUAUGCAUUUUCAGUCACCAGAGGGAGCCAGAGCACUGUGUUGUGUAGAGUUGUUUUUCUUUUCUUUUUUAAGCAUAGCUGUCAAAAGCCCAUAAUUAUUAACAGCAGACAGUGAGACAGCCUGUCUGUGAUUUAGCCCUGAGUUAUCUAACAAACAAAGGCAUGUUGCGUUUGAAGUAUUUUUCUGCCUGUGUUGGUGCAGUCCCAGAACUAACUUGCCUGACUGGUGGUUUAACCCCUUAAACUCUAAGUUGGUCAUUCAGUUGUUCAGUGCAUGAGUCAUAUUAGUAUUAACAGAUGGACAGAUGUUUAGAUUAGACCAGUAUUUCAAACAAAUAUUUAAAAUCUUGUAUUCUGGAAGGGCAGGAUGUUUAGGUGAUAUUGGGCCACUGGUCUAAAAUGCAUUUGUUAUUUAUUUCACUGCAUUUGUUCUCUACAACCAAAUUUUAUAUUUCUCUAUGAUGCUUAUUCCAGGUAGAUUUCUGCACAUUGACAAAGUUUAUGUAUCCAUAUCAGCAAUUAUGUACGAAAAUAUUGGAUUUCAGCUUCAGCCCACAAUUCCCAUGCACCCCUAACAGUUAUAUCUUGUCUCGUGAAAGCAUCUUAAACCCUGGUUGGACUGGAGGAGUGUUAGCUGGGGAUGUGCUGUCAUUCAAAUAAUUACUGAAGAGAUGUCAUUUUAAUUUAGUACGAAUCUGCAUUGUCUGUAGUUUUUACUUAUUAGAAAUUAUUAUUAAAUAAUAGUUUCGGGGUAAAUGACCUUCUACAAUUUGCCAAACCUAAUAGAAAACAGCACCUCCUUUUUUUUCUUUUUCUUUUUUUUCUUUCUUCUUUGUGACCUAACUGCUAAAAUGGAGCUUGAUUUGACCCCUUAAUCCUCAGAUUCAUGACAAUGGGUGUCAGCCCACACUACAUCUCAUUUAAAAGUCUCCUCCCUCAACCAGUGUUGCAUUUUGUUUAUUUAUUUAUUUAUUUUGGUGCCAUCUUUGCCAUUUAGUAGCAUAAAAUUGCAUUCAGAAUUGGUGCCUGUUGCUCAGCAUUGACAUGAAUGUCUGCAUGAUGCUGUUGCAAUUUGGGUUAAUUUAGGGAAAAUUACAGUUUGAAUUGACCGGUCAACUCGCACACAGUUGACCUUACUGCACCUCUUCUGGUUAAACUAACACAUCUAGAAUAGGGCAUUAGAAUUAGUCAGCAUAUUUAAUACAGCUCAUUAAGAGGCUGUUGUAAGAAUACUGUGAGGUUAAUCAACAUAUUUCUAGACAUUUUUACACAAAUCAUAAACAAAAUAAUCUUGCUCUGCUGGCAGAUUUUCUUUACUUAACAGAAUAACCUAAAAUGUACAUUAAAAAGUAUAAAUGCCUAUUAAAAAGGAUGAAUAUUCUUACAUCAGUCUAAGAUGCUUUCACAAGCCAUGAUGUUAUUUUUUUGUAGUAUAAUCUUAAUCUUAAGGCUCAUUCUGUGGCUACUGAACAAUUCCUAGUAACUACUAAGACAGUACUAUGGAAGUAUUUGUAUUUCAGCAUUUAGGAAGGUAAAUAUUAGUCAGCUAAUGGGUCCUCUGUGUUUAAGGGGUUACAUCUGCCUGGAGUCAUUUUUACUAAAUUAAGGUCAGUUCUGAAAACAAUAACUGAAACAAUGGACUGAAACAAUAACUGUUAACUUUUUGUAGGGCUGGAAAACUUCUCCCAUAUGGCUGAGUCAGGAAUUAGAGCUUCGCUCUGUGCUGCUGGCAGACGUCCAUUUUGCCUCUUCAGUUUUCAGCAAAGUAAGAAAUAUGGCUGCUCUUUAGUGGAGAAGCAGGCUGUCACCCCGUUGAUUGAUUACCUGUGGAACUGAAGUAUGUUCCAGCAUCCUCUGUGUGCUGAAUAUGCAUCAGACCCUCUGUCGCUGGCUCUCAGUGCACUCUCAAACCUGCAAAACUUCUUUGUUAGUUUGUUUCUCAAAAGGUUUGAUUUAAUAGUGUCUCGUUGGAACUGUAGUCAGUUGGAUUGCUUAACCUAAACAGCUUUUUUCCCCUCCUCAAAUGAGAAUAACCUGUUCGUCUGCACUGCUCCUUUGCUCUCUGAAUGUGUUUGUUUUCUUUACUCUGUUAUUUUUAAAGAAAUGGUUUCCAACCAAACAUUUGCAUCUGCUGUGAGCUCAAGCAAAGACGCUUUGAGUGCACAUCUAAUGUAUGAACAGGAGGAGCAAUAGACAUUAGAAUCUAUUUUUGCAAAUUAAAAAGUAGCAAUGUACUAUUUCUUUAAAUAGAAAAAGACCAGUGAGCAUGUUUUGAAUUGUGGGAUACAGCUAUACAAACGUACUGUUUUUUUUGAUGAGACUGGUUGUAAUUAUCAAUACUUCAAAUGUUUAUACUGAGGACUUAUAUUUUAUAAUCAAAUCUAUUUUGGACUUACAUGUAUAGAUGAUGUACAUGCAACAGGCUGUUUUUGACUAAGGCCACGUGCAGUGCAGUUUGCUGCGCCUCACAGAAGGACAUAUAUUUUAUGACAAUCGUUUUGGGGUCUUUCAAAUCACUCUGCAAAAACUCUUUGCAAAUAAACAGAAUUUUGUAAACCA